AUUUCUCACUUGCUAUUUGCCUUACUUUCAUUAUUUUCCUUUGCUGCCCUUCUGGAAGCGCAGUGGAAACUGAGGGAAAAUGUGUACGUCAUAGAAUCAGAGUGGACUGAUGAGACACCAGCUAAAAGAGUGGAGCUCACCUGUAACACAUCUGAUGAAGCACUGCCAGUUUACUGGAAUAAGGGCGCUGAACUGAUAGGAACUGGAAAGACUCUGAUUGCCGAAGUGAAAGAGUUCCCAGAUGCUGGCAACUACACCUGUCUGACAGCUAAUACCCAUGAAAUCGUCAGCUAUGAUUUCUUCCUUAUAACUAAAAUAGACUCCAAUGGGCAAAUGAUAAGGUCAAUUCUGAAAAGCUUUAAAGAGCCAAACAGGACAUUUUUAAAAUGUGAGGCAAAGAACUACUCUGGAAUUUUCAUAUGUUCAUGGAUGACAGAAAAUGAGAGUCCAAAUGUGAAGUUCACAAUCAGAAGUCUAAAAGGCUCUCAAGGAGACAUAACCUGCAGCAGCCCUGUAGCUCACACUGAUAAAUCAGUGACUGAAUACACAGCCCAGUGCCAGAAAGAAAACUACUGUCCAUUUGCUGAAGAGCACCAGCCAAUUGAGAUGUUCCUGGAGGUCAUUGAUGAGGUGGAAUAUGAGAACUACACUAGCAGCUUCUUCAUCAGAGAUAUCAUAAAACCCGACCCACCCCAAUGUCAGUAUGUGGCCGCAAAUAGAACAGUGACCUGGACAUAUCCGAGAACAUGGAGCACACCAAAGUCCUACUUCCCUUUGACUUUCAGGGUCAAAGUUGAAAGUACAAAGAAACGCAAAAGCCAGGUCUAUGAUGCUGAUGAGCAGUCUAUUCAGGUUGCAACAACUGGGCCAAAAGACAGGAUCUCUGUGCAGGCCAGGGAUCGCUAUUACAGCUCAUCCUGGAGUGAGUGGUCUUCACUUUGCAGGUAAGACUUGAACCAUCUACUGAAGGAA